AUGGAUCAAUUGGCUGAUAUGAUCACAUCGAUUCUCGUUCAUUUUGGGAUAAACUAUUUUUUAGGUUUUGGCAUGGGAGCUGGGUCAAAUAUUCUUGCUCGUUAUGCUCUUCGUUAUCCUGAUCAAGUAUUGGGUCUGUUUCUUAUCAAUCCAAAUGCAUCCGCUCAUGGUUAUUAUCAAUGGUUUCGUAAUGUUUGGUCAGAUUUGCCUGCACUUGAACGUGGUGUACUAACUGAUAAUUUAAUGAGUCAACUAGAAGCGCAUUGGUUUGGAUUUGGUUUAGUUGAAAAUGCUGAUGUAGCUAAUUUUUAUGAAUCAUUAACACGUAGUUUAAAUCCAGCUAAUUUAGCUGGUUAUAUACGUUCUUAUGUGGAUCGUACACCUUUGCCAUUAGUUCGACCUAUACCUGGUCCACCAAUGCCCGGCGAUAAUAACCAAACAAAUCCGAAUGAUGAACCAUCAGUUAUUUUGACUGAAGUAUGUCUGGUAACUGGUGAUCGAGCUGUGGAAUUGUCACGUGCUUUAGCCGAUAUGAAUGGACGUAUGGAUCCGAAACGUACACAAUUUCUAAUGAUGCCUGAUUGUACAGGGAUGGUGAUGGAAGAAAAUCCUAAUAAAUUAAUUAUGAAUUUUUUACACUUUUUACGUAGUAUUGGGUUAGGUAAGAAUGGUAUCAUGUUUAUCGCUGUUUACUAUUUUCUGCUUUGA